CGGAGGCGGCCGGAGCGGGGAGAGGCGGCGGCGGGGCCGCCCCCGGGUCCCCCCUGCUCCUCCGGGACCCCCGGGACCGGCCCCGGGCUGGCGCGGCGGCUGCUCGGGUUCGAGCUGCGGGACCUGACGCGGUGGCACCGCUUCGUCCGGCUGAUGCACCGGCCGCAGGACCCCGCGGCGCUCGGAGCCUUCCGCGCCGCCUUCGGGCUGCUGAUGGCGCUGGACGUGCCGCAGGAGCGGGGGCUGGGCCACCUGGACCAGCGGUACCUGGACGGGCUCGAGGUUUGUCGCUUCCCCCUCCUGCCCUUCCUGCAGCCCCUGCCCCUCGACUGGAUGUACCUGCUCUACACCGUCAUGUUCUUGGGGGCACUGGGCAUCAUGUUGGGGUGCUGCUACCGGCUGAGCUGCAUCGCCUUCCUGUGCCCGUACUGGUACCUGUUCCUGCUGGACAAAACCUCCUGGAACAACCACUCCUACCUCUACGGGCUGCUGGGCUUCCAGCUGGCACUGCUGGGCGCUGACCGCUACGGGUCCGUGGACGGGCUGUUCCGUCCCCGCAAGCGCAACGCCCACGUCCCGCUGUGGAACUACGCCCUGCUGCGUGCCCAGGUGUUCAUCGUGUACUUCAUCGCGGGGCUGAAGAAGCUGGACGGGGACUGGGUCGGGGGGUUCUCCAUGGGCUCCCUCGCCCGGCACUGGCUCUUCUCCCCCUUCAGGCUGGUUCUGUCAGAGGAGCUGACCAGCCUGCUAGUGGUGCACGGUGGGGGGCUGGUGCUCGACCUCUCCGCGGGUUUCCUGCUCUUCUUCGACGCCACACGGCCCCUCGCCCUCGUCUUCGUCACCUACUUCCACUGCAUGAACUCCCAGCUCUUCAGCAUCGGAAUGUUCUCCUACACCAUGCUGGCCACCAACGGCCUGUUCUGCCGGCCCGAGUGGCCACGGGGGCUCGUGGCCCGGUGCCCCCCGUGGCUCAGGGGGGUCCUGCCCAGCACGAGGCCCCCCCAGCCCAGCCCCGACUGCCACUAUGAGGGCCAGGGGGCGCGGGGGGGCCUUCGGCCUCGCCAGCACUUGGCUGCAGCCUUCACCAUCCUCUACGUGCUGGAGCAGCUCUUCCUGCCCUACUCCCACUUCAUCACCCCGGGCUACAACAACUGGACCAAUGGGCUCUAUGGCUACUCCUGGGACAUGAUGGUCCACUCCCGCUUCCACCAGCACGUCAAGAUCACCUACAGGGACGGGCUCACUGGGGAGGUGGGCUACCUGAAACCAGGGGUGUUCACGCAGAGCCGGCGCUGGCGGGACCACGCGGACAUGCUCAAACAAUACUCGUCGUGCCUGAGCCGCCUCCUGCCGCGGUACAACGUGAGCCGGCCCCGCAUCUACUUCGACGUCUGGGUGUCCAUCAACGAGCGCUUCCAGCAGCGGCUCGUGGACCCCCGUGUGGACCUGGUGCGUGCCCCCUGGUCCCCCUGGACCCCCACGCCGUGGCUGCUCCCGCUGCUGGUGGAUCUGUCGCCGUGGCGGCAGCGGCUGCAGGAGCUGGAGGCGCAGCUGGACGGACACACAGACACCGUGUUCAUCGCCGACUUCCCCGGCCUGCACCUGGAGAACUUUGUGAGUGAGGACCUGGGGAACACGAGCCUGCGGGUGCUGCGGGGGCAGGUGCUGGUGGAGCUGGUGGAGCAGCAGCAGAACCACUCGCUCCAGGAGGGCCAGGGGAUGCAGCUGCCAGCAGGGCAGUACCACAAGGUGCACACGGUGUCCCCGGAGCCCUCGUGUUACAUGUACCUGUACGUGAACACCACGGCCCUGGAGCUGGAGCGGAACCUGACGCGGCUGCGGGAGCUGCGGGACCGAGUGCGCAACGGCACCGAGCGGUCCCCGCUGCCCCCCGAGCUGCGGCCCAUCCUGGGGGAGCCGCCCCCUGCGGGGGUCCCGCUGGACCCGCUGGUCUCGCUGUUCCUGCGGCGGGAGCAGCGGGAGCAGCGGCGGGAGCGCGAAUCCAGCCCGGCCCAGCGCCUGCGGCGCUUCCUCCGCAGGAAGUUCUUCCUCUUCCGCCGCAGCGCCCUGAUGACCCUGAUCGCCCUGCGGAACCUGGCGCUGGGCCGCCCGGACCCCGAGCGCCUGGCACAGGAGGUGGCCUUCGCCAGCUGGCGCGGCGAGGAGGAGGAGGGGGCUCGGACCGAGGGCGAGGGAGGAGCCCGGGGGGGGCCCGAGCUCUGAGCACCCGCAAUAAACCCUGGUUUUUUAAGCUAAAAAA